AGGCUGGGUGUGCUCUAGAAAAACCUCGGCAAAAAAUAUCAUCCUGAACAAAAAGGAAAUGGUAGGCAUGAGAAGAACUGUCCGAGCUGAUGUAGAAUCUGUCGUUGCCGGAAGGAAGAUCACCGUGGUAGACACCCCUGGCUGGUGGAAGUACCUCUCUGCCUUGUUCACCCCAGACUGGGUGAAGAAUGAGCUGAGAAGAAGUGUAACGCUUGAUGGUAAAAAUCCUCACGCAAUACUCCUGGCAAUCCCUGCUGAUACCACUUUCAGAGAGGAACAGAGAAAGAUCACUGUAGACAACAUGAAGAUGUUUGGAGAGCAGGUCUGGAGACACACCAUAGUGCUGUUCACAUGUGGAGACCUGCUGGGAGAGACGACCAUCGAGGAACACAUAGAGAGCGAAGGAGAACCUUUGCGAUGGCUAGUAGAGAAAUGUGGGAACAGAUAUCAUGUCUUGGGUCAGGGCCAAGAUGAGGAAAGCCCGCAAGUCACAGAGCUGCUCAAGAAGAUCGAUGAGAUGGUGGCUGGGAAAACCGUCUUCAGUCUUUGUGAAGCAACCCAAACACCUAAUGUUGAAGAGAUGACUGUAAAACCAAAUGAGACAAAUGUUGACAUGGUGAAGUUGGUGGAUCGGGAAUGGAAUAGGAUGGACAAAGAGAUGGAGGAGAAAAUCAGAAAUAUGUACAGUCAAACCUUUGAGCUGAAAGGAAAUAGAAACAUGGAAUCGCCUCCUGACCUUCAUGGCAGUGAACCAUCUUCUGAUGCCAGUGUGGGUGAAAGGUCAAAGUUUACCGGUCCACUGACCACACAUCAGACUACUUCAGAGAGUGAGGGUGAAGCAGGGCUCCCUUGGCAAGCUGAAGAUGAGGUGCCUCAGACAGAAGUUAGCAAGAACCUCGAAGAUCCUCUGGAGGAAAUGAGGGAGAUGCUCGAGCGAGAGUGGGGGAGGCGGGAGGUAACGGUCAUGGAGAGGGUUCUGGGGAUCCUAUCAGAACAACAGACAUUCACAGGUCCAUCAUCUGAAGCUGAUGAGCACGAUCAUGAACCCUCCAGAAGAAAGGUCCUCAGAUGGUUGGAUAGCGCGUCUGGAUACGGCUCUGGUGAAGAUUAAUACAAAUUGGGAAAAUGAAUAACAUGCGUAAGACUUAUUACAUUUAGCAAUUAGUAAAAUAGGUGUAAAAUAGGGGUGAUAGGAACUUGCCCCCAUCUCUUUCAUAUAGUCAGUUUGGUCUUCAAAAUGUUUAGAAAACCCCAAGAAUAUUUGACUUGUCAUUGGUGAUGGAAUGUCUAUUUGCUAAUCAUUAAUUAAAAAUAAAAUCCUUCUAUAAUCCAGUUCAUCACUAUGUGUGUGUGUGUUGUGUUGCGUGUGGUGUAAAAUACAUCGUGUUGUCCUUGAUUGUUGUUCACUUUGGGUGAUCGGGGAGCCUAAGAUACUCAUGCCUACACUCUUUAGAAGAAGAAAAACAAGAAGAAGAAGAAGAAGAA